AUACUUUAUUUUAACGGAUGUACUUUUUGCCUCAAUCGUGUUUAGGGUCCGAUUUGCACGAGGUGUGAUCGAGCUAAGGGAAGGUAAAGCCGAGUCCGUGACAUAACAAUGAAGACAUCCUGUUUAGGGGUCAAUUACCGGGGUCCACUAAGGGAACACUAAUUGUCAAGGGUACCGUUUUGUUCCCAAUACGUGUAAGGGUAGGGUUUCACAGGCCAAAACUUGCAUUUUUAGAACAUGGAAAAUACUUGUUUAGGGUUCUUUUUUAAACCCCCGGUUCAAACCCCAUGGUCACGCAUGGUAUCCACUCGUCAGUCAGUCAUCACCACUGCAAGCAAGAAAAUCUGGUGCUGGUCACCUUGGUCGUUUCUUUAUCUUUUCAAAAUAGUAUUCUACCUUAUCUUUUGUACAUAAAAGUAUUCCCACAAAUCAUGAUUUUAUUUUUUUCCAUGUAGAUAGGCCUAUACUCUGAUGAUUACUGUGAUAUGCUAUGAUCAAGAUCGCAUUCCACUAAACACCCAGCACCAACAUCACCAACACUUAUGUUACGGCAUGCAUUCUUCAUCUCCACAGCAUCAUCAUCUCCACCGAAAUCUCUGCAGUCUAUUUAUGGACACACAGUCAUCAUUCCCCUCAUCAUUGGCUAUCUAUCCAUCAGGCCUUCGCUUCAGCAUCAUCACCACUAUUCAAAUCAGGUCACCACCUGUAACGAUCUCUCCAUAGAGAUGUAUAUUAAUAAUAUACAUCUCUAUGGAUCUUUCUCGAUCUCCGAUUCAUAUUCAUAUCCCGAUACGAGCGACGUGUAGCGUUAGAGAAUUAGAAUUGAGAGGAACAAUUUACCCACAACUUACUCUGCCUAAUUUAUCUCCAAAUCCAAGUUAGCUCCGUUGUAAUGGCGAAUUCCAAUGCUCGUGAUGGUGAAUUGGUUGAAGAGGAGCAUCUUGUUUUGAUUGAGUUGACUGGAGUGCUUGAUUACCAGUAUUUUGCAAAGUCAGACAAAGUUUGCAAGUUUUUGGGCCUGGGAACAGAAAAUCCUGUAUUACAAAUUGGAAAUUACAUCUUCAAAGGUGAAUACAAGAAGAAUAUUGGUACAGCAGUCUUCUUUGAACAAGAAAAUGAAACAAGUAACGACUGGAAGUACAAAUGCUCUACGGAUAAGAUGCUUGAGAUGCAAAGAGUCUUUCUUCAACCCAAAGAAAUUGCGAUCGGUAAGGAGGUGACUGGCAACCAAACUGCAACAACAGAGGAUUCAACCGAGAUGGAAGAUGCUACCUGAUACUAGGAAAACUCUACCGAUUGAUGCAUCAACAGGAUGAAUAGAUGGAUGUUAGGUCACUCCAUGUCUCGGCUUUACAGACUGUCAUCAUAGUCUGUUGUGAAUGGCUGCCCAUCAGGCCUUGGUCUUGCUCCUUUAUUCUUCUUAAAGCUCUAAGGCAUCCAUGUUCCCUAUUCCUAGGAUGCUCUUCAGCAACAUUUUCAUCUCUUUCUGACUGGUUUUCAGACCUGUAUAACUUUAUUUUGAUUGGCCAAGUAGCACAGAUGUCUGUUAGUAUGGUAACUAACUGUUGGAGUCUUUUCAAGUUUUCAGUGCUGAUAACUUUCAUGAAACAGUCUCCUUUAUGAAUUCCAACAAUCUCCUGUAUUAGUUCCCCAAAACAAGUUCUGUACUCUCUUACAAAAUAUUGAAGUAUAUGUGGUGACAGAUCUUUCAUUUCUACUGCUUCUGAAUGGUGGAAUAACCUACCUUAAGUUGAAUCACAGGCAAUGCUUCAAAUUAAUUAUUUUAUUUUACAUAUUUUACAGUAA